AUGUCCCCGUAUGCCGUUUCCGCCAACUCGCUCGCCUUCAUUGGCCCCGCUCACGCUCCUACGCUCACCGAGUUCUGCUACGUUCGGGUGCUCCACCUUGAAGGAGAUAGCGCGACGGUGUGCGUUGUGGGCCCUGAUGCCGGGGAGGAUGGCCACGAACUCCAGCUUCCAGUCGCUGCGAUAGACCUCCGCGUCGUCGAUGCCGCCGAGGCUGAACUCUGGCCCGGAGAUUACGUGGGACAACCCGUCGCGUUCGUUCAACCCAGCGGUCCUUCAACAGGCCAGUGGGCAUAUGGAGUCGUGAUCCGCUACGAGAUGUUGGCGGCCGGCCCAUCGCUCAGCGUGCUAGUCGGGCAGGAAGAUACUACGGUACGACUGUGUGAACCCCUUCGCAUCAUCAAGGCCGACCCGAUAACGUACGCCCUUCAAGUUGGGGCGACAGUGACAGACAUGGUUCUCAACGCCAAGGAGCUUCUCGUGCAA